GCCGCCAUGGGCUCGGGCGCCGUGGAGCGCUUCGUGGCCAAGCAGCUGGAGCUGCUGGAGCUGGAGCGCGACGCCGACGUGGAGGAGCGCAGGUGCUGGCAGGAGAGUGUGUCCACCAAGGAGCUGCAGCGCAAGGGCGUCUGUCUGCUGAAGCUGCAGGUCUCGGGCCAGCGCACAGGGCUGUACGGGCGGCUGCUGGUCACCCUGGAGCCAAGGAGGGGCGGCGUCCCCGUUCUUCCCGCCCACAACUUCACUUUCGGUGACAUCGUGGGCCUGUAUGAAGCCCAGGGGGACAACUUGCUGGCCACAGGGACCCUGACUCGCGUCACCGCAAGGUCCCUCACCGUGGCCUUUGACGACUCCCAGGAUUUCCAGCUGAGCUCAAACCAGGAACAUCUCUACCGCCUGUUGAAACUCACCAACGAUGUCACCUACCGUCGCCUGAAAAAUGCUCUCAUCACCCUCCGGAAGUGCCACUCCAGCCCUGCCUCCGCACUCAUUGAAGUCCUCUUUGGGGAGUCAGACCUGAGCCCCGCCAGCGAGAUCUCUCCUCUGGCCCUUGGAAAUACAUCCCUGGACGCCUCACAGCAGGAAGCCGUCCACUUCGCGCUGUCGCAGAAAGAGCUGGCUAUCAUCCACGGUCCCCCCGGCACCGGCAAGACCACCACGGUGGUGGAGAUCAUCCAGCAGGCAGUCAGGCAGGGCCUGAAGGUCCUGUGCUGUGCCCCCUCCAAUGUGGCAGUGGACAACCUUGUGGAGCGCCUGGCACGCUGCCAUCUGCGGCUACUCCGUCUGGGCCACCCGGCCCGUCUCCUGCCAUCCAUCCAAGAGCACUGCCUGGAUGCGGUGCUGGCACGGGCCGAGCACACUGGUAUUGUAGCCGAAAUCCGCCAGGACAUCGACCAGGCGCAGGCUAGAAGCAGAACUGCAUGGGAGCUGCGGCGGGAGCUGCGGGAGCGCGAGGAAGCAGCAGUGCUGGGCAGCCUGAAGACCGCUGACGUGGUGCUGGCCACCAACACGGGGGCUUCCCCCGACGGCCCCCUGAAGCUGCUGCCCGAGGCCCACUUCGACCUGGUGGUCAUCGACGAGUGCGCCCAGGCGCUGGAGGCCAGCUGCUGGAUCCCGCUGCUGCAGGCCCCCAAGUGCAUCCUGGCCGGAGACCACAAGCAGUUGCCGCCCAUCGUUGUCUCGAACAGGGCGGCGCGGGAGGGCCUGGCCCUCAGCCUCAUGGAGCGGCUGGUGCAGGAGCGGGCCGGGGCAGUGCGGAUGCUGACGACGCAGUACCGCAUGCACGAAGCCAUCAUGCGCUGGGCCUCCGAUGCGAUGUACGAUGGGCAGCUCACAGCACACCCGUCCGUGGCUAACCACCUCCUGCGGGACCUUCCGGGUGUGGCUGACACUGAGGAGACAGGCCUGGCCCUGCUGCUGGUGGACACAGCCGGCUGUGGACUCCUGGAGCUGGAGGAGGAGGAAGAUCAGUCUCGGGGCAACCCUGGUGAGGUGCGGCUCGUGAACCUGCACAUCCAGGCUCUGGUGGACGCUGGGGUGAAGCCGAGGGACAUUGCCGUCAUCACCCCGUACCAACGCCAGGUGGACCUCCUACAGCAGAGCCUGGCAGCCCGGCACCCCGAGCUAGAGAUUAAGUCCGUGGAUGGCUUCCAGGGCCGGGAGAAGGAGGCAGCAGUGCUGUCUCUGGUGAGGUCCAACAGGGCAGGAGAAGUGGGUUUUCUGGCUGAGGACCGGCGCCUUAACGUGGCUGUCACCCGAGCACGCCGUCAUGUGGCCCUAAUCUGCGACUCCCACACCGUGGGCCAACACUCCUUUCUCCGGCGCCUGCUUGACCACAUCACCGAGCAUGGGGAGGUACGCACGGCCUUUGAAUACCUGGACGACCUCGUCCCCGAAAACUACUCCCACCCGGCCCCCAGCCAGGGAACAGCAGCUAAGCCUUCUCAAGGUGCCACUGCCUCCAAGAAGUCUGCCGGGAGACGACCAGGGGGGACCCAGAAGGCCGCAGCCGCAUUAGUGGGCAGGCAGGAGCAGAAGCUGCCGCCCGGCCCAGAGGCCUCAGCUCAGACUCACUCCAGCCUUAAGGGCAAGGCCUUGCAGGAUGCAGAGAUUGGUGAGGACACCAUCGAGGGCUUCCGGGCCAGGCUGCUGGCCUUUGUGGCCAGCGGGGACAUGCAGCUGCCUUUCCCCGCCACCUUGAGCGCUCUGGACCGACUGCGCGUCCACCAGCUGGCCGAGGAGUUGGGGCUGAGGCAUGAGAGCUCUGGGGAGGGUCGGCAGCGCAUCCUGACUGUGAGCAAGCGGGAGACCCCCGCCACCGUGGUCGCCGCCAUGGACCCUGCUGACCCCGCUGAUCCCGCACCUCCCGGCCCCGCUCAGGCCGAGCCCCCAGAUACCAAGGCAAAAGGCCCAGACCCACUGGACUUGAAGGCGCUGCAUGAGGAGCGACUGCGGAGGGAGCGCAGCUGGCAGGGGCCACAGCCGGAGGCCAGGGAAAGGCCCCGCAAGACCCCCCGAAAGAGCCAGAAGAAAGAGUCCGGGGGACACUCAGCCCUGGAGCUGCCCGUUGGGGAUGACUUCGAUACGCUGGUCUCAGCGGCCAUGAGGGCUGACAGCAUCUGUGCGCUGCCCACCUGCUCCGCCAGCGUUGUGACCCUGGGCCAGCUGUGUCUGCACUGCAGGCGGCGCUACUGCCUCAGCCACCACCUGCCCGAGGUCCAUGGCUGCGGGGAGCAGGCGCGAGUGCACGCCCGGCAGCAGAUCAGCCGGGAGGGGGUGCUGUACCCCGGCAGCGGGACCAGAGAGCGCAGCCUGGACCCCACCCGGCGGGCCCAGCUGCAGAGGAAGCUGGACCGGAAGCUGGAUGAGCUGAGUGGGCAGAGAAGGGGCCGGGGGAGGGGGCGGAAGUGA